CAGACACCGCUUCCGGUGUCGCCACCUUCUUUGUCUCCGGCCCAACAUUUCGACACCAGGGGGUUGUCUAUUUUUCCCUUAAGUUUUUAGGAUAUAUUUAUACAUAUAUCCUUAGUUUUCUAAUAUUGAAUGACAGUCGACUCUGAAAUAUUGAUGCCUAAAAGUAAAGCGCCGAAAAUGGACGACCUGGACUACAUCCCCAUAGACCUGAGCCCAGAGGAGCGCUCUGAGCUGGAGGACAUCCGCAGGAGGAAGGGCAUCCUGCUGCAGGAGAUCCAGAGGCUCAGAGAGGAAUUAAGAGAGGCAAUUCUGGAGGUGGAGGGACUGGAGACCAGCACAGAGGGCAGUAAAACUCUUCAGAAAAGCAGGCAUGUGGCAAUGGGAAGGAAGAAAUUCAAUAUGGACCCAAAAAAGGGCAUCGUGUUUCUGGUGGAGAAUGAGCUGCUCAGACACACUUCAGAGGACAUUUCGCAGUUCCUCUACAAAGGAGAGGGCCUCAACAAGACCGCUAUAGGAGAUUACCUCGGAGAAAGAGACGACUUCAACAUCAAAGUUCUUCAGGCUUUCGUUGACCUCCAUGAGUUUACUGAUCUGAACCUCGUGCAGGCCCUCAGACAGUUCCUGUGGAGUUUCCGCUUGCCUGGUGAAGCGCAGAAAAUUGACAGAAUGAUGGAGGCCUUUGCUCAGAGAUACUGCCACUGCAACCCCGGUGUCUUCCAGAGUACCGACACGUGUUACGUGCUGUCCUUUGCGAUCAUUAUGCUGAAUACAAGCCUCCAUAACCCGAAUGUGAGGGACAAACCCGGAGUGGAUCGUUUCAUCUCGAUGAACCGAGGCAUCAAUGAGGGAGGAGACCUGCCUGAAGACCUGCUCAGAAAUCUCUACGAAAGCAUUAAAAAUGAGCCCUUCAAGAUCCCAGAAGACGACGGCAAUGACCUGACGCACACCUUCUUUAACCCAGACAGAGAGGGCUGGCUGCUUAAACUCGGGGGACGAGUGAAAACCUGGAAACGACGAUGGUUCAUUCUCACAGACAACUGCCUUUAUUACUUUGAGUAUACCACAGAUAAGGAGCCGCGAGGUAUCAUUCCCUUGGAAAACCUUAGCAUCCGUGAGGUCGAAGACCCAAGAAAACCUAACUGUUUUGAGUUGUACAUCCCAAACAACCGUGGUCAGCUGAUCAAGGCGUGUAAGACGGAGGCCGACGGGAGAGUGGUGGAAGGAAACCACAACGUGUACCGCAUCUCCGCCCCCACGCCCGAGGAGAAGGAUGAGUGGAUCCACAGCAUCAAAUCUGCUGUCAGUGUUGAUCCCUUCUAUGAAAUGCUCGCUGCCAGGAAGAAACGUAUAUCACUGAAGAAGAAGGAGGAACAACCAUAGAGUAUUCCCUUCAUUCUCUCCCGUUCUUCCUUUCUCCAUUCUCAUCCGCCUUCCAACACCGGACACGGGUCUUCAGCCCUUCUCCUCACCACCCCGUCAUAAGUAUUGAUUUCCCCCUCCUUCCCUCCCGUCCCAGGAAUGCGUCCUGUCCCUGACACGAGGACUCCUUGCUGUCCUCCCUACUAGACUCUUGAAAGCUACAUGCAGAGUGACGCGUUCACCAGCUGUAGCUGCCUCUUGUAAUCUUGUUUCUCACACUUCUGCUGUUCUACACAAAACCCGACGCACUACAGCCCGAGCGCACCGUCCGUCCCGUCUUCUCACCGCUUUCCUCACUCGCUCGGCAUUCAAGUAAAGUGAAACGUGUCGCGGGCCAUAUGCACACUACUGUGGGUGAUCUCAAAGGAACAUUUUGUCAAAGCUGCCGACCCAAUAUGGACAAAUGAGAAAACGCUGGGAAAAUAGAUGCUUUAAAAAUGCUAAGAUUGUCAGGAUUUUUAGGACUUUUAGUUUUUUCUUUCUUACUUUGUCAUUCACAAUUGCUCCUUAAACCACAAAGAAAACUUUAAAAACAGCAGGCAGUUGUUCAGCAGAAAUAUGUAAUGGUCCUGGCUGAAGCAGUUUGUGCAUGCGUAAUAAUUUAACGGUACUUGUUAUGCACGACGGACCUUUUUAGACUCUGAAAAUGAAGCGUGGACUGAAGAUCCCCUGAAUGUAUCUUUCUGACAUCUGUCUGCAUUAGUGUGAAUAUAAUCUUAUUGAGUGGGGCAGGCAGCUCACCCCAAAAAAAUGUGACCGCACUAUUCGACCAUCCACAACAACAUUUAUUUUAGAGCGAGGAAUCUGUUAAGUCAAAGUAGCAAGCAAUUAAAGAUAUGCCCAUUGCUUGCUACAGCACUCCUCACGGCUUUGACUCAAAUUGCUACUGUCUACACGUAGACACUGUAACCCUUGUGUGGGGGAAAUGUCCCUGUUCGUUACGGUUGACCUUCAGAUGUGGUCGUGUGUUCAGGCGGAAAGAGGGCUUCAAUUAUCGCAGACGGCUGUUCCUCUUCUUCCAAAAAGCUGCUUGUUUCCGCUUAGAGACAACACGUGUAUAUAUAUAUGUUCCUCUUCAGCAUGUUUUUUACAUGUUUGAGCAAUAGCAGAGUAAAGCGUAGUUCCAGUCUGUAGGCUUGUUUACAAACCCUUGGUAACACUAGAUUUAAAAGGUCCAUUUAGCAGCGAUCGUCCUCUCUGAUGUUCAAGCAUGCCCCAAAUCAUUUCACUCUCGCCGACGAACAUCGACAUCUCUCUCACCAUUAAUGACUGUUGGGGUCUGUCCGCCGAGUUUCGAGGAAUCACAAAGGCAGCUCAUUACAAUGUAUACUUUUUGUAAAUAGAUGUUAGCAUAUUUCUUUACGAUACACAUAGAAAUGAUUUAAUUUAUUCUUUUUUAGUCUGAUUUUUGUACGAGCUACUGUAGGACAGCAUGCUGGUAGAUCGAGGUGUCAGUCGCCGGUGCUGACGCUUCGCUGAUCAUGCUAGUGCACUGAUUUUAAAAGUGUUAGUGUUCCCUGUUGACACGGAAGAGCUGCAUUUAAUACGGAAGCUGGUUUAUCCACAGAGAACAUUGUUGGUUAUAUUUUCAUUGGAAAACAAAACGAUAUUCAGGAAAUGUUUAGUACUGUGGUUGAUCUGUGGCCCAGCCUGUUGGUUUUCUGGGUAAACCAGCGCUGUAAAGCACAAGCAGCAAUGAGUCUCCCGCUCACUGAAACGCGUCCAGUUUUACCUUCUUUUGCUGCCCAAGUGGGAGUAAGCUGUUUACUCAAACGGAAACGCUCCGUCUUGCCAGAGUGAUGCAAAGGAAGAGACGCCAAAACAAGGAACACUAACAAAGCUUUGAUUCAUUAUGUAAUAGUUUUCAGAUUAAAUGAACGGUAACAGGUCCAGAGUUGUGUCCAGUGAUGGCUUUGCUUGACUUCCAGUUCAUGAACUUAUUACUAGUAGUCUGUUGGAUUGAAAUUGGAGUGAAAAUACUUGUCUACUGCACUUUAUCAAUUUUAGCAUUUUGGAGAAAAUGUUGUUACUUGGACUCAGUGCUCCGUGUCAUCCUCUGCUGGCGAUCUCACACACUGCAAUAUGAUGAAGGAUGAACCCUGAACUGUGUAGAAAUGCUGCGUAGCGUCACCACCUGGUCAGUGCCAGCUCUCCCUUUCUGUUUUUUAACGUGUGCCGUAUUUGUUCACCUGAUCACAUUGUUUGAAAUGGAAUGAGGUAUUUUAUCUCCGAUCAGAACAUGUAGACCUUGUUUUAAAUACACAGUGUGAUGAGUCCUUCAGAUCAGUUAUUGCCUUUCACCACGAUUCCAUCAAACUGACAUAAAAGGCCUAACUGUAUACAUGCCUCCACACUAAACACGGGCUGUCUGUAGGCCGUCACUUUCUGGGUAUUCUUAGUUCGAAGUUGCCAAAAAUGAAUUGUUGGGCCUACAAAUAUUGCCAUUAAAUAUUGAACGCUGAAAUGAUCAAGUUGAAGCUGGGCCUCCAUUUCUGAUUCCACCCUUUUCAGAACAUGUUCAUUUUUGUAUUUAUUUAUUUUUAUUUACUGUGAGGUGAAGAUGAUAGAUCAUCUGUAAAUGUAGCAAAAUGAAAAUGACACACCGGUGCCACUAAACUACUAUGUAACAAUAAAUGAAUGGUGAACAGAGA